AUGUUGAGAAGUGGUGGAAAGAGGUGGUGGGAUGGCUUAUUGACAAUUAAGAAGGGGGCCUUGGAUAAUGUGGAGUGGCCCGAGUUUAAAGAAAUGUUCUUCAAGGAGUUUCGGUCGGAGGCCGAAGUAACAAAGUUAAGAAGUGAAUUUUUGAAUGAUUGUCAAGGCAAUAUGAGCUUGAAUGAAUUCCGAGCUCAAUUAUUGGACAAGGCACAAUUUUGUCCGGAAUUCCUUGAAAAUGAUCAAUUGCUUAAAGAGCAAUUUUACUUGAAGUUAAGGAAGAAUCUUUGGGAGAAGAUUAGUUUACGUCAAAUGGAGUCUUUCUCCAUGUUGGCGGAUGUGGCUAGAGAUCACGAAAUUGAGAUGUCAAGGGUAGAUGAAGGUGUCUUGAAGAGGAAGCACGAAGAAACAAACUCUCCCAAUAAGCGGUUUAGACAAGAGGGUAGUUCCGGUAGCCCCUAUAAUAAAAGAAAUGUUCCAUUUUGCCGUCAAUGCAAGAAAAAUCAUCCGGGGGUUUGUAGAGCGGGAGAUAAGGCUUGUUACACUUGUGGAAAGUCGGGGCAUACUAGCCGGGAAUGUAGGUCCAAACCUCACAAGCCCGUGAUUUGCUUCAAAUGCUUCGAAAAGGGUCACAUGAGAAGCUCAUGUCCGAAAUUGACGGAGGAGGAGAGAUUGGAAGAAAGAAGAAGAGAGGCGGAAAGGAAGAAUGCACAAACGCAUGGAAAUCCAAGGGGAAGGUCCUUCCAACUCUCCGUAGAGCAAGCAAGAAACACCGAUGAUGUUGUCACAGGUACAUUCCUUGUAUAUAAUGUGCCUAUGCGUAUUCUCUUUGAUUCGGGGGCGAAUAGAUCAUUUGUUGCUAUUAGAAUGAUUCAUGUUAUUCCCGUGUCUAAAUCAUGUUUAGAAAAUACUUUGCAAGUUGAGGUUGGCAAUGGUAGGGUAGAAUUAGUGAAGGAUGUGUAUAAAGGGUGUGAAAUCAAAAUUUCUUCGGAACUCUUUCAAGCUAAUUUAAUUCCUUUUCCAAUGGGAGAGUUUGACAUAAUCUUGGGUAUGGAUUGGUUGAGCUCUUGUAACGCAAAAAUUUCAUGUAAUGAGAAAGCGGUGUAUUUGAAGACUUCUAAGGGCGAAGACUUGGUUGUUUAUGGUGAUAAGAAAGAACGUUUUAUACCCGUUUGUACCUUUGCUUGUGCUAAACGUUAUAUGUCUCACGGUUGUCAUGUUUAUCUUACUCACAUCGUUGAUGUUGAGAAGAAACCUCUUUCUAUUGAAGAUAUCCCCAUUGUUAAAGAUUUCGUCGAUGUUUUUCUCGAAGACUUGUCGGGCAUUCCUCCCGAACGGCAAGUUGAAUUCUCCAUUGAUCUCAUUCCGGGGGCUAACUCCAUUGCUAAAGCUCCUUAUCGUUUGGCUCCAACGGAAAUGCAAGAGAUGAUGAAGCAACUACAAGAAUUGCUUGACAAGGGUUUUAUUCGACCUAGUAACUCUCCAUGGGGUGCACCGGUACUUUUUGUCAAAAAGAAGGAUUGA